CCAUGAAAUAAUCAACAUCAAUCUGAAGAACAAACCUGACUGGUUCUUUGAGAAGAACCCCUUUGGGCUGGUUCCUGUUCUGGAGACCAGCAAGGGUCAGCUGAUCUAUGAAUCCCCAAUCACUUGUGAAUAUUUGGAUGAAGCAUUUCCAGGGAAGAAGUUGAUGCCUUUGGACCCGUAUGAGCGAGCCUUUCAGAAGAUGCUCCUGGAACACUUCUCAAAG